AUGUCCUCGACACCUCGUGCUCCUCUCAUCUUCGUGCUUUUCUCGUUGAUUGUAUCAGGAUCCUCCCGAACGAUUCCCUGUCUGGAUGGGUGCAAAUGCGAUCUCUCUGAACAUGACCCAGUAAUCAGCUGCGAUGGAUUAGGUCUCGAACGAUUCCCACUUCCACACUCCUCACCACUCCGCGGAUUCCAUUACCUUGCACUCACUUGCAACGAUCUUGAGACGAUUCCAGCUAUUAGCAUGAUCAAGGCCUCUUUCCCAGAUCUUCAAGGAAUCGAUGUACAAGGAAAUCCUCGAUUGAAUUGCACAACCCUUGCCCAUUUGCAUACCGAGAUUCCAGUUCUUUCGGAUUGCGAAGAAGAUAAGCCUAAACUGCAAUGUGAUAACCUGGAUAAGAACUGUGACUGGAAAUGCCGUGCGCUUACGAAACUGAAAGAGAUGUGGGCUCAAUUCAAGGACCUUGUCAACAGAAAAGCCAAGGAAUGGCAAGCAGAAGAAACGAUUGAGGCUGCGAAGAACUGGUUUAGUGCUCAGUUCAAGAAGUUCAAGGUGGCUAUCGGAGAGCUUUCCGAUUAA